AUGAAGGCAGUCAUCGACGAGCGACUAUCGGAUCACGUAUGGUUUACUCCUGUCGACCUGUUAGGGAUUUUGUGCAAGAAAAUAAAGCGUCAGACGUUGGCAGGACCCGCACCAGUGUUGAGUCAAGUUCAAAGCUACGUCAAGAAGUGGAGAAAGGUUCACAAGCGAAAAGCUUUACAAUCUGUUGUUGCUUUGUGUAGCACACACAUGUACGACGCUGCAGAAGACAGACAAGUGACUAGUGAUGAAAUGAUUCUUCUCUGUGACACCAAGACCGAUGACAACCAGUUGGUUCCCAGU